AUGGGCAUUGCGCCCAAUGCUGCCACCUGGCUGGGACUGGUGAGCUCAUGCGUCAAAAGGCAGCAGUACGACGAGGCGAUUGGAUUUCUGAAAGAGCUGCUGAGCUCUGGUGCCGAGUUAGAUCCGAAAGCACACUUCACCAUCAUCGACGCUUACACGGAAGCUGGCGCAGCCCAAGACGCCCUGGACUACUUCGACUCGCUGAAGGCCGCUUCGGACGACAGGCUUGGACCCAACAUAUACAGGGCGGCCCUGAGGGCGUGCAAGGCUGGCAAAGACGCCGAUCGGGCCCUCGAGCUGGUAAACGAGGUCGAGUCCGAGUACGGGGAAGUGACCAAGGACCUGUACACGCACGUCGCGGAAGUUUGCCAGAGCUGCGAGCGCUGGAACGAGCUCGUCGCGGUGCUGCGGGACAUGCGGGGGGCUGGCGUUCCAGUGUCGGUGCCGCAGCUGAAGAAUACUUACAAGCCCGCCCUGACGGCGCUGGCGCAGCAGGGUAGGGCGAUGGAAGCCUCUGCCCUCUUCGAAGAGCUCAUAGAGGACCUCUCCAGGGGAGGCCAGUGGAGGGAGAUUUUGGUGGCGUUCGAGAGCGUCGAAAAGGAGAGCAGGGACGCAUACACGUACUCGUCGACGAUGCGCGCCUUGGUAAAUGCGGAGAGCCCCGUCGAAGAGGUGCUCGCACUGUGGGAGAGGAUGGCCGAGGAUGGCGUUGAGGCCACUCGUGUGGCACACCGGACUCUCAUCGUCGAGUUAGAGGUGCAGGGAAUGUGGCAGAAAGCCUUGGACAUCUGGGGCGAGAUGCGAACAAAAGGAUUUACGCCCGAUGAGCCCACGUUCAUUGCUGUCCUUGCCGCCUGCGAAAAGGGCGAGCUUUGGGAGACUCUCCUCGACGUCUUCGAGGAAAGUAAAAGUGCUGGGUUCUCCGUUGCCGAGUCCCAGGUCGUGGCUCGUUCGGUUAUCUCUGCGUGCGAGAAGACGGGGCAGGAGGAGCGGCGCCAGGCUGUGGUCGAAGAGAGCCAGAGGCUGGCGGACGCGAAGCGUGCAGCAAUCCGUGAAGCCAAGGCCAAGCACGUCCAGCACGCGAAGCGGACGAAGCGGUACAGAAACGUAGAGCGCGGGCGUGCCAAGCAUGCCCAGCGCCAGGAGGUAAGCCAGUAG